GUUUGUCUCCAAUGGCGACCAAAGUCUUUCCCUUGUUUUUCGCUGCUCUUCUGUUUCUUCUUCAGUUCCACUCUUCUUCAGCACAAAAUGCUGUUCGAGGAGCUUAUUGGUACUAUGGAUCUGGAUUCCAAGUUUCUGAAAUAGAAUCCAACCUUUUCACCCAUCUUUUUUGCGCAUUUGCUGAUCUUGAUCCCCAAACCAACCAAGUUACCAUCCCAUCUGGAUCUCAAGCUCAGUUCUUCACCUUCACACAAAUCGUCCAACGGAAAAAUCCUUCCGUCAAGACCCUUUUAUCUAUAGGUGGAGGUGGCGGAGAUAAGGUUGCUGCUGCCUUUGAUUCCAUGGCAAGUCAAGCAAGUUCACGCAAAACAUUUAUCGACUCUUCGAUAAGUUUAGCAAGGGCUUAUAAUUUCCAUGGCUUAGACCUUGACUGGGAAUACCCCAACACCACCACCCAGAUGACCAACUUCGGUUUGCUUCUCAAUGAGUGGAGAGCUGCUGUGGCUGCCGAGGCUCAGAACUCCGGCAGAACACCACUGCUUUUAUCUGCAGCAGUUCUUUACUUAUCUUAUUACUACUCAACCUCAGUGCCUUACCCAAUUCAGGCUGUAUCAAACAGCUUGGAUUGGAUCAACUUAAUGGCGUAUGAUUUUUACGGACCUGGGUGGUCAAAUGUUACCGGACCUCCGGCAGCAUUAUACAAUCCAGGGACUACAGUUAGUGGAGAUUAUGGGGUCACGAGUUGGAUUAAUGCUGGUUUGCAAGCUAAUAAAAUAGUAUUAGGGUUUCCUUUCUUCGGUCGAGCUUGGCAACUUGCAAAUGCUAGUGAAAAUGGAUUCUUUGCAGACACCGUCGGUGCAGCCUUGACCGACGCCGUAAUAUAUUCAGAAAUCGAGGAGUUUAUUGAUGAUAAUGAUAUUACAGCUCUUUAUAAUGGAACUUAUGUUUCGAAUUAUUGUUAUUUUGGUACGACAUGGAUAGGCUACGAUGAUACACAGAGUGUUUCUGCUAAGGUUUCUUAUGUUAAGGAUAAAGCACUCCUUGGUUACUUCGCUUGGCAAGUGUCUGGUGACGAUGAUGAUUGGACUCUUUCUCGCCAAGCUGCAUCGACAUGGGGAGCAUAAACACAUAUUGCUGGAACACAGAGAGAGGAGAUUUCUGAUGUGUUGUUUAUUACUUGCAAUAAGGCUUUGUAUGUGAGCCAUGUUCAUCAACCAUUAGUGUAUUGACAUUACUUCCUAUGAUUUAUUAGAAUAAAACAUAAUCUUUUUUCCUAUUAACUAAAAAAAGAUUAU